AGGCCCCGCCUCCUCUGCUCCGCGGUCUUCCUCGCGGCUCCUGUGUGCUCUGAAGAUGGCGGCCACGGUGGGAAGGUUGCUGCGGGCUACGGUUGCCCGACACGUGAGCGCCAUUCCUUGGGGCACCUCUGCCUCUGCAGCCCUUAGACCUGCUGCUCCUCGAAGAACAGGCGUGACAAACGUGUUGUGGUCAGCUUCCAGCCAAGCAAAAUGUGCCUUUAGCACCAGUUCCUCAUACCACGCUCCUGCCGUGACCCAGCACGCGCCCUACUUUAAGGGUACAGCCGUUGUCAACGGGGAGUUCAAAGAACUGAGCCUUGAUGACUUCAAGGGGAAAUACUUGGUGCUUUUCUUCUACCCUUUGGAUUUCACUUUUGUGUGUCCUACGGAAAUUAUUGCUUUUAGUGACAAAGCCAACGAGUUCCGUGAUGUGAACUGUGAAGUUGUCGCCGUUUCUGUGGAUUCCCACUUCAGCCACCUGGCCUGGAUCAACACACCGAGGAAGAAUGGCGGUUUGGGCCACAUGAACAUCGCACUGUUGUCAGAUUUGACUAAACAGAUUUCCAGAGACUAUGGCGUGCUGUUAGAAGGUCCUGGUCUUGCACUAAGAGGUCUCUUCAUCAUUGACCCCAAUGGAGUCAUCAAGCACCUGAGUAUCAAUGACCUCCCAGUGGGCCGAAGCGUGGAGGAGACCCUCCGCCUGGUAAAGGCGUUCCAGUUCGUGGAAGUCCAUGGAGAAGUGUGCCCAGCCAAUUGGACCCCGGACUCUCCUACAAUCAAGCCACACCCAACUGCUUCCAAAGAAUACUUUGAGAAGGUCAAUCAGUAGAUCAUCCCACGGGUACCUCCAGCUUCUCAAAAGAACCACAUUUGGAACUCACUUUUACCAUUUCAAAGAUGACUGUGUAUAGAAGGCAAAAAAGCAAUUAUGCUUGUUGUAUUCAUAAAUGUUUGUCUUUGUAACAUUGGCUAAUGCUUUUUAAACAGUUACUAACACGAGUCCUUCCUUGCUAACUUCUUGAUGGCUAGCUAUUUAUGGACUGCCUAGUUCACCUGUUACUUUGAUCAUGUCUUCAAUGGAAAAUACUCUUAAGCUUACUUGAAGCUUUGUGUCCACCAGUGUCAUACAAGUAUCAAAAGCCUCUGAUCAAGGGUCCUGAAAUUUUCUUCAUGAAUUUCUUUGUGUUAAACUGAAUUUUCUUUUAAGGUAACAAAAGAUGAUAGUUUUAAGUUGUUAGCAUCAGCAGUCUAAUUUAAAUUUAACUCUUGGAUUGGAGAUAUAUAUGAUGAAACAAAUGUGAAUCAUGUUUUUAAAAAAUCACAGUGGCAAAGUGACUUAACUGAUCAUGCAUGUUCCUCAUCCCUGAGAUUUGUAGUUCAUAUAAUUAUUUUACUUAUUUUUUUGUUAGCCGACUUGGUGUCUGCAUAUAUUUCUAAAGAUCAGUUGAAGGUAAUUAUAGAGGAUAUUUAUUGAAUUGAAUUGCAUUUUGAAAUCAAUGUAAUGAUGUUUUCUGAAGACCUCAAUGUAAAGUAUAUCAUUAAAAAAUAAACAU